UAACCCCAGGAAGUGCCUUCACAGUGUAGGAGGUGGAGAGACUGUGCAGUUGGAUAUUGUUGAAGGAGAAAAGGGUGCGGGGGCAGAUGUCACAGGCCCUGGUGGAGUUCCGGUGCAAAGUAGUCAAUACGCAGCAGACCCCGAACCGUGACAGAUGCCAUCCACGUCGCAGGGCUCCUCCACGCAAUUACCAGCAGAAUGACCAGAACAGUGAGAGCCUAAGGCCAAGCCCAACCGCGCUGGCCCUACCGCAGGCGGCGGUUCGCACCAUGCGGAGACCCUAUGGGCGACGACCACAAUAUUCCAACCCUCCUGUGCAGGGAGAAGCAAUGGAGGGUGCUAACAACCAGGGUGCUGGAGAACAAGGUAGACCAAUGAGACAGAAUAUGCAUCGGGCUAUCGACCGGGAUUCUGCAGGGGCCCUCUGACCCACCCUCUGAGAAUUCGUCCACUCCGGGGCUGAGUAAAGGCCGGCUUAACCCUCUACUACCAUCGGGUUUAGUCAUCCAACAAGAAAUGAAUAUGAAAUUCCAGCGAUAAGAAAUCAACAAAAGAUUGGAGCUAAAGACCUUAAGUGCUUGCUUUUUGCCCAUUGACCGGAUCACUAGCACUAUCUGUGUUAUUUAUGUAGCACGGGGUUUUUAUUAUUUUUAUCUAAAGACCUCUCCUUUUGGUAAUGACAAACGUGUUUUUAAAUAAUUUAAAGUCUGUUUUUCUUUCAAUAUACCUUGAAAAGUUUUUAAAUUGUUUCAUAUCUGGUCAAGCUGAGAUUUUUAA